AUGUACUCCCUGGCACUGUUCGCGUGUGUCGUUGCUCUGAGCCACUGUGCUCUUGCAGCAAAAGUCUGUCCCAGGCCACCAGAAGUGCUAUUUGCCACAAUUGAUGUAAACAAAAGUGUGUAUGACGUGGGUGAGGAAAUAGAAUAUACCUGCAGGCCUGGGUUCAUCCCCAAUAACGGCCAGAGGAAGUACACCUGCCUCCCGACUGGGAAGUGGCCCCUCAACACACUGUUGUGCCUACCAAAGAGAUGUCCCAGUCCUGGACCCUUGCAGCACGGAAAAAUGGAUUUUAUAGACUCCCACUACCAGAGUUCCAUAAGUUUUUCGUGUGAACCAGGUUACAACCUCGUUGGGACAAGAACAAGCCAAUGCAUGGCAGAUGGAACAUGGAGCGGAACUUUUCCACAGUGUCAACCGGUGACUUGUGCACCUCCGUCACUUCCUGAAUUUGGAGUCCUUUCCUACCGUCACUUAAAACCUGGAAAUAUUUUUAAUUUCCUGGACACAAUUACUUUUGAAUGCGUACCUCCUCUCGCACUUAUUGGGAACGAGACAGCUACCUGCAUGGCCAACGGGAACUGGAGCAGCAUUCCAGAGUGCAAGGUUGUCACAUGCCCCACUCCAACAGGAAUAGAGAAUGGAUUCAUAGAGUUUGCUGUUCGUAGAACAUACCACUAUAAUGAAAGCGUCAGCUUCGGCUGCCAGUCCAGCUAUGUGCUGGACGGACCUAAGCAUUCCCGAUGUGAGAAGACUGGAAACUGGUCCACAAAGCCAACCUGUAAAGGACCAUGUGAAAUUCCAGUCAAGAAAGCUGUAGUAUUAUACAAUGGCGAAAAGAAAAGAGUUCAGAACGACCUUAAGGCAGGCAUUCAGCAUGGUGAAACUAUAUCCUUCUUCUGCAAGAAUAAAGAAAAAUCCUGUGCCUAUACCGUAGCUGUUCCAUGUGUGGAUGGCAACCUUACUCUCCCUGCCUGUUUCAAAGAACGUGGCUUUUUUUCAGCACUUGUGAAGAAGGACCCAUCAGACAUGAAACCAUGUGAAGAUCAAGCAUGA